AUGAUAGGCAUCAGGGAACAGAAAAGAAACGAGCAGUCACACGCUGCCUUUAUUAUUCUUCAUAAAGGUUAUGGCUGGAGGACGCCGCCACAUCAGAGUCUCUGUGGCGCAAUCGGCCUCCGGGCAACGCAGGCAUGGAUUUCGAGGGUCCGGAGAAGAGAAACCGCGGAUCUCACUUCGCGGUCCAGCAGGGGGUGGCUCUCCAGCUUCCGGGCGCGCUGGGGCCCCUCCUCCAACCCCGGCGGCCGGGUGGGCGCUUCCUGCCGCCCCGAACAGGCGUGUGGGUCCAGCUCCUUAAGGCCCCCGCAUCCUUUCUCUUCCACUCCCUGGGUUCCUAAACUCCGGCCCUCUUCCCCCUCGCUCUUUCCCGAAACCCCCGUCCCACAGCUCCCAGCCCCGCCUGGCCGGGCUCCCGCGGGCCCUGGUCAGGCAGCGGCGCCCAGAUCGCGCAGAGGCCGGGCGGCCGCCGCGUUCCGGCCUCGAACUCGCCGCCCCGUCUCCAGGCGCGGCCCGAGCUGGCCUGGUUCUGCUUCAGGACCCCUGCGAUGUCAGAGGUCGACUGAAUGCCUUCACUUUGAUCUCUUCAAGGAGCUCCAUCUUGGUCCCAAAGCUAAUGCCACAUGUUUUAGUGUGUCGUCAAGGCAGACACCAUUUUCAGGCGUUCAUCAUUAUGAACUUCCCUCUCAAACCUGCUUUUGCUGCAUCCCCCAAAUUUUGAACACUGAAGGCUGUUUUUCUUUCCCGAAGCACACAGUGAAGAAGAAACAGACUCAGAGGGGCCUCUGCUGCAGAUGUCAGACAGAAAGAUCCAGACCUGGGCUGCUGAGUAUGCCGGGGCUCCAGGGAAAGGAAAGAGCAGUUUGGCAUCACAAACAACAUUAGAGCUCAAGGGCACAAUGCCAAAGCCAGCCUGUUGAGCCUGGAAGAAUAUGAAGAGGCCUGUUCAAAUUUUCUUUUGCAGACUAAUUGGAGCUUUUGUGUAUGAGGGAAGUACAACGAUGGCUGUACUCAGUCUGAAUGGAGGAAUCGGGAGAGACUAUCCUUGUUGGUUGGUUAAAGGUAAAAGGGGAAAAACUAGUUUUCAAAUUUAAAAAGUGAUUCAGUGAGUUGAUGGAAACCUUUGAAAAAUGAAGGAUAAUCUUGGGAUUGUGUAAGAUGUUAGGAGAAAGAAAUUUUUACAUGGAUUCUACUGAGGCACAUUAAAGUCUAUGUAAAGCAGAAGACAUUAUCUGAAAAGACAGAGCUACUUCAGGGUAAGACAAUCACCAGUGAGUCUUUAAUGACUUAAUGGUGAAUGUAUUUUCCUUUCCUCUUGUUCAUGUGUGUCACGUGCU